AUGAUUGUGCUUCGAGUCUGGCUUACGGCUAUCGUGCUUGCCCUCUCCAACUGGCUGGCUACGGCAAUUGUCCUUGAUGUUGAUGAUCCCAGUCCCCCAGAAUCAAUUCGUGAUGCUGCUGCCACUGUCGCACAUGGCGUGCAAGCCCUAUACAAUGGCAACAAGACUGGCGGUGUUUUAGGCAAAUGGCCAUUUCCACCUUACUACUGGUGGGAGUCUGGUGCAAGUUGGGGCGGCAUGGUCAACUACUGGCAUUUUACUGGAGACAAUAGCUAUGUCAACGUUACCUAUGAAGCCCUUGUCUCUCAGAUCGGACCCACCAACGAUUUCAUGCUUCCGCAAGAAAAGUUCAACACAGGUAACGAUGACCAGGCGUUUUGGGCAUUCGCUGCGAUGUCUGCUGCAGAGUUUGGCUUUCCUCAACCACCAGAUCCGUACCCUUCCUGGCGACAAAUCUGUGACAACGUCUUCAAUGGUUAUGUGCAGCGCUGGAACUUCGACUCUGAAACAUGUGGUGGUGGUCUCCGCUGGCAAUUCAUACCAGAAAAUGCCGGUCACGAUUACAAAAACUCUAUCUCCAAUGGUGGCUUUUUCCAGCUUGCUGCUCGGUUGGCACGAAUGACAGGAAACCAGACUUACGUCGAUUGGGCUGAAAAGGUUUGGGAUUGGACAACUGCAAUCGGCUUGGUGGACAACAUGUACAAUGUCUUCGACGGUACCGACCUCAAGAUCAAUUGCACUCAAAUUAACCAUCAUCAGUGGACAUACAAUGUUGCCAUAUAUCUAUACGGCGCAGCAGUCAUGCAGAAUUACACUAACGCUACCGAAAAAUGGGUCGCACGAACCACGGGUCUGCUCGAUGCCACAUCCACUUUCUUCUCGCCAUUUCCCAAUGCUACCGACAUCAUGUUCGAGGCAAUGUGCGAGAAGAGCUCCACCUGUAACGUGGACCAGCACAGCAUGAAGGCAUACCUAGCCCGAUGGCUCGCAGGCACAUCUCUCCUAGCUCCGAAUACAGCGGGCCGAAUUGGCCAGCUGUUGCGUGUCUCAGCCAUCGGAGCAUCUAAUGCUUGCACUGCUGGCGAAUUCGGUAACACUUGUGGAGCAAAAUGGUACAUUGGUGGCUGGGAUGGGACGAGUGGGCUUGGUCAGCAACUCAGCGCAAUGGAAAUAUUCUACGGUCUACUCGUCAACAGCACAAGACCGCCAUCCGUGCUUAACUCAGUCAGAAUUCGUGAUGCCCCGCCCAACAUCCCUAUGGUGUUGCCUGACCCAGCAGCCAGCAAUGCCCGGGCCCUCUACGAUGGAGUGGGUCAAGUAUCGGUGGCGUACAGUUUAAUAUUUGGUAUUGCAACGGGUGCGAUCAUUCUGAUUAUGGAUGCUCUAUGA